CCUACAGGGAAGCCUUUAAAGUUUCUGGAGCACUCAGGCAGCGUGUCUGAAGAGCUCAACCGCAGGAUGCAAAUACAGACGCAUACAACCACCGAUCGUCAUGGCUACAGCCUGCGCUUCUCGCCUUUCGAGCCAAGUCACAUGCUGUUGGCUACUAGUCAAUUAUAUGGUCUGGCUGGUGGCGGUUCGCUCUUUUUGCUUGCCCAGAGCGCCAAAGAUGACGCGCAGUCGUCGAGUCUAACAGAGCUGUGUCGUCUGGAGUGGUCUGAUGGCUUGUUUGAUGUCGCCUGGUGUCCUUAUGCCGCAGAUAUAGCUGCUACAGCCUCUGGCGAUGGUUCGCUGCAGAUCUGGUCGGGCUUGGAUGCCGAGUCAGCACUGACAGAACAAACGCCUAAAGAACCGCUGCUGUGUCUGCAGGAGCACAAGAAUGAGAUCUACAGUCUGGAUUGGGGUGAAAAGUGGAAUUAUCAUACACUGCUCUCGGCCAGUUGGGACUGUACACUCAAGCUGUGGGAUUGCAACAGGCAGAACUCCAUAACAACAUUUGUGGGACACAAUGAUUUGAUUUAUUGUGCAAAGUAUUCGCCUCUGAUAGCGAAUCUCUUUGCGAGUGUAAGUACCGAUGGACACUUGAACUUAUGGAACUCUCUUGAUUUUGCAGGUAAACCAUUGAUGAGCAUCGAGGCGCAUGCGAGCGAAGCCCUAUCCUGUGACUGGAGUCACUUUGAUCGGAAUAUAUUGAUGACUGGCGGCUCAGAUGGCUUAAUCAGAGCUUGGGACUUACGCAAAAUGCGCACACAUAUCUUCGAGCUAUACUCGGGGGAGUUUGCAGUGAGACGCUUGGCUUGUUCCCCACACUCGGCCACAGUGCUAGCUUCAGCCAAUUAUGACUUCACCACGCGCAUUUGGGAUCUUGAACGCGGUGAAUCUGCGCAGGAAAUAAAUGCUCAGCAUACUGAAUUUGUUUGCGGUCUCGAUUGGAAUCCUCAGCAAGUGCAUCAGUUGGCCGAUUGUGGGUGGGAUGCAGUCACCAAUGUCUAUACGCCGCAAUGCCUGCGAAAUAUGUUGGUUUAGUUAAAACUUGCAUCAGCUAAAUUAUGCCUUCAACAAGAGAAACAAACAAACCAUGGAAACUGGAUUCUUUGGACUUUAGACAAAGCCAAAACCGAAACGAAACCGAAAUGUGAUAAAGGCGCACGCCCAAAAUACUAUAGCCAACAAAAUGGUA